AGCAUUAACUUGUACUGUGUAAUAAGAUCUACUCUGGCAUCUCUGCUUACUUCUUCUUUGUUUUGUUUAAGAAUUGGGCCCUUGUAAUUGUAUAACAUAUUUCAAUUUCUUUCUCCAUUAUCGUCUAGUUUACACAUUAAUUGAGUGAAUGAUUCACAUAUCACAAACAAACCAUUUCAGUUUGUUGAUAACAUGAAACUGAUAACAGCUUGACCUACAAAAUGAGGAUGACAACGAUAGUAUAAAUAAGUGAGUCGUUCGAUAGUUAGAACUACAACAACAACAACAACAACACACAUUUUGGAAAAUGAAUGCAGACUCAUUGAAGCUUUGUGAGAACCUUGUUCCUACAGCCUAUGUGCAGCAAGGGACACAAGCGAAACAGAUUAGAGAAAAUAGAAUCAGGACCUUUUUACAACAUAGAAAGUUACCAGAUGUGGGUUGGGAUGAGCAGACUAUAGAGAUGGUCCUUCAAGAGUUUUCUACAAUGGAUAGUAAUAAUUUCCCAGGCAACAGUGGUGUUGGGGAAAGAGAGGGGAGAAUUCUGUCUAACAUGGUUGCUAGGAGACAUUACAGACUCGCCCAUGGUAUUGGUCGAUCUGGUGAUAUUGCUGCCAUUCAGCCUAAAGCUGCCGGUUCAAGUCUCCUUAUGAAGUUGUCCAACUGUCUAGCACUCGAUGUUAUCAAACUGUCAGGUGUCCAGUCAGCAACAAGUUGUUUUGUUGUUCCUAUGGCGACGGGGAUGAGCCUAAUGUUGUGUAUGUUAACAAUUAAAUCAAAACGUCCAAAAGCAAAGUAUGUGAUAUGGCCGAGAAUAGACCAGAAAUCAUGUAUCAAAAGCAUGAUCACUGCAGGCAUUCAAUUGGAAGAAGUUGCAGCUAUAUGUAAAAGACUUGAGGUUCCUCAUCUAGUCAAUAAUGCUUAUGGUUUACAGUCCUCAAAAUGCACUCACCUUUUACAACAGGCAGCCAGAGUAGGCAGAGUGGAUGUGUUUGUACAGAGUUUAGAUAAAAACUUCCUCGUACCUGUAGGUGGCAGCAUUGUGGCGGGGUUUGAUGAAGAGUUUAUACAGCAGAUUAGUAAAUCAUACCCAGGAAGGGCCUCAGCCAGCCCAAGUCUUGAUCUAUUUAUAACUCUACUGUCGUUGGGUCGAGAAGGUUAUAAACAGUUGCUGAAGGACAGAAAAGAUAAUUAUAAUUACCUGCAAGAUAAGUUGAAACAAUGUGCUGAGUGUAAUGGUGAAAGAUUACUGGAUAUAAAACAUAACAACAUAUCAUUAGCUAUGAGUUUACCAGACAUAGAUGGCAAGUCAGCAACAGAAAUAGGCUCCAUGCUGUUUACAAGAUUUGUGUCAGGUGCUAGGGUAGUUUGUCAAACUGGGAAGGAAACAUCAGUUAGUGGACUAAAAUUUCUCAACUUUGGUGCUCAUUUUGACAAUUUUCCGUGUUCGUAUCUAACUGCGGCAGCUGCUGUGGGAAUGACUAAAUCAGAUGUUGAUACCUUUAUAUCUAGACUGGAACAAGUGUUAAAGAAAUUCAAAAAGAAAGAAAACAUCCCAGAAAACAAAGAAAAAGAUUGAAAGUUCAUCAUAGAGUAAGAUAUUUGUAUAAGAUUUGUAAGAUGUAUAUGUAUAGUGCCAUAGAGAAAGCUUUAAAUUUUUCACAGGGGA